AUGUCUCCAUACUCAAACGCUUCUGAAAGUAAUGACACAGAGAUGCAGUCCCCAAGUUGCUCUACCAAAACCGGCCUAUCAGCUGAAAACAUUGGUAAAACAUUAGCUUAUAGCUUGAUUUUUUUUGUUUCGCUGUCUGGAAAUGCUUUCAUUGUGAUUAUUGUUUACAAGGCGAAAGCCAUGAGGAAAACAAUCAACUUUUUGAUCGUGAACAUGGCAAUCUCCGAUAUUUUGCUCCCAGUUUUCGCAUUUCCAGUUAUUGUGGCAGAGUUUUAUACUGACUCCUGGCUUAUUGGUGGAACGUUUGGCCAGGCCAUGUGCAAACUGGUCCCCUUAAUCCACGAUGUUUCAACUGCCGUGUCCGUUCAAAGCUUAAUUCUUAUCACUGUGGAUCGAUUUGGAGCAGUGGUCAUUCCUCUCCGCUCUCCACUCAUCUCUCCCAAGCUAUGCCUGUUCAGUGUGUUUGCCAGUUGGAUCGUGGCAAUUACACUUUUUUCUCCGUAUUUGUUCGCCGUUAAACUUGUCAGUGAAAUCCCUGAGAAAUUGAUGUGUACCCUAAAAUGGAAUGACACGUUUGGGGAAUCUUCAAAUCCCUCAUUCUUUUUCUUAGCUGUUUUGGCUGUAUUCCUUUAUAUACCCCUUGCCCUGAUGAUCAUACUGUAUUCGAUCAUACUCGUCAAGCUCAAGUCUCAGAGGCCUCCAGGAGAACAUUCAAUCAAGGCCAAGAAACAGUACAUUAAGAGACAGCGAAACGUACUCAAGUUGGCCGCUGCUAUUGUAAUUGCCUUUGCAGUGUGUUGGAUACCACUUAGUAUCUACAACGUCCUCUCUCUCCUUGUAUGGGAUAUAACUAAAUCAUCCUCGUGUAACAUGUUGCAAUAUCAUUUUAUUGCAUCAUUUAUGGGUCAAGCAAACUGUGCUGUAAAUCCUUGUAUUUGCUUUAUUUUCAGUGAAAAUUAUCGUCGCGGGUUGAAGAAUAUUUUCAAUUGUUUUGGCCCGCAUCCGGAGUGGAAUUCAAUUUUCCGAAAAACAGCCGAAUUUCCCCAUCCGAAAAAAAGGCGGUUCUCGAAUAAAAGUACGCGUCAUUCCUUGAUUGUCGAUGAUCAACCAAGUAAUAAUUUCGUCAUGAUUACGCCAGUAUAACACCCAUAUGUUUCUCGUCCCUACGUUGUUGUUGGGGGUAGGGAAGAAGGGAUAGUCAUAGGGGCUUGAGGAUGAAGCAUGCAGCACACUUUCGGAUAACGUAACUACCCUGCCCCACCCCAGUAUGAAGUUAAUUUUAACUUACAUUUCUCUUACGGCACGACAAAAUGCUAGAUCUAUUGAUUUGCAACUAAUGUGUUCAUGUGCCGUUAUGAUUGUAUAGUCAAUAAUUCAAUCUUGUCAUUAUUUGAUAGUAGUUGCUUGUUAGUAGCGUUUGCCGGGGGACAACCGCUGACUUGCUACAAAGGACGUUAAUAAAGUUUGUUAUGUACCGAUACGUCCUCUUUUAACAGAAAUUAUAGAUGAAGAUUGAGAAUCUUCUUGAAAAAACUCAAACCUAAACGAAUAAUGAUGAAUUAUCACGCUUACAUUUUUACGUAUAAUUUAGAUAUGUAGCCUCGCAAACUAAAGUAAAAUGAUAGUUUUUGCGUCGCAAAGUCUGUUUCAUGCGUUACACAAUAAGAGUGCCAACUUAACUGGGCGUGGUAGCGGCGCGAAAUGAAAAUUAGAUGUAGCCUUGAAUGUGUCGGGCAAAAGAGACAGGCAAAGAGGCAACAGGCUCGAUUCCACUGUUCGAGGAAUAAGCCCGCACUCCUCUCCCGAAGAGAAAUGGCUAAAAAUCGAACCUGGCAAAUAUAUACAAAAAUCAGCUUUUUGGUACUUAUUGGCUCCCUUGUAGAGAAACAAUGCCUUCUUUCCUAAGCUAGAGACAAUAUGCAACAGCAGACUACAAGCUGUGUACGAGGAAUCAAGCGAAUCAUCUUUCUUAAGAUGAUGAUUUAUCACUUCCAAACAAGCAUGUAAUUGAGCUCGACUUUAAUUUAACUUUCUAACUCCUUUUUUUUUUUCGCAUAUUCGCGCUAAAUAUCAGCCAUGUAUGCCUCUAAGCUUCUGCCGCUCUCUCGUGUCCGGUCGGAGCGCGGACUCAUAUUCCCGAACAGAGGCUGGUCAUCGAGCCUACCCAGCCCCUGCCCAGCCCACUCUUCUGUAUUUGUCCCCAAGCCUCACGUGAUAUUGUGGAUGACGGAAUAGUUAAGAACAAGAACGCCUUUCAGUUUCCGGACAUCCUCAAGCUCAAACUUCGCCUGCAAAGGCAGAGCUGUGCUAUUUUCUUUCUAUGACGAACUAGCAUUGCCUCAGAAGGAACAGCAGCUCGUUAUUUUCUCUUUACCUUACGCGAUGGCUGUUUCUUUCUUGACGAUUGUUCCAGUGAUCACUGCGUUCGUUAUCCUUUUUCCUGCUCCAGCUGCGUACGGAUUACCGAAAGGAGUCAACGGUGGAAUCGGCUGUCUUACUUGCACCGCUGUCGUUGCUCUUACAGAACAGCUGAGUAUUGUACACAACGAAACAUUUGUGGAUUCGUACAAGCGAUUGUGUAAUGUCUUACCUGAACUUUACAGAAAUGCCUGUCUUUCGCUCGGGGAGUACUACAUUCCCAAAAUCAUAAAAUUUAUAACAGCCGAGGUUUCUGCUGACGUUAUUUGCCAUGCAGUUGAUCUGUGCUACCAGGAAAAAGGUCAGCCGUAUUGUCACGCCUUUCCACCGAGAAAAGACUUCCAUGAGUGGAUCACUCGAGCGAGAAAGGAGAUCGGAGCGAAACUAUCCUACGAAAGAGCCAAUCCUGAUGACUUUAAAGGGCCGAAUUUCGAUCCUUGUACUCUUGAGGGUGUUAGAGAAGUUUGUAAAUUGUUCCGCAAAGUUUUCACCAAUGAUUUUCCUCUGGUUGAUUUGGAUAACGAUACUUAUAGUGCCCUGACGGAGGCAUGGAGAGGGUCGUCUUGGAGGGGCAAAGAUUGCGAUGAUAUAAAUCAUCUUAACCAUCCUGGUGCCAAGCCAAGAAAAGGGGAUGUAGUUUUCGACUCGAACUGCAAUGGAAUUCAUGGCAGGGAUCCUGUUUUUGGGGAGCCCUUUGAAGAAUUGUUAUGUAAAGGUACACUUCUUUAAGUUUCUUUUGAUGACUUGCGCUGUGGAAUUUUGUCAGUUUGUUGAUUUUUAUGAGGUGAUUAUUUACUACUUUUUCAUGUUCCUACUCGAUUAGGAGUUAUUCUUUCAAUUACUGUUCUCUUUACACUGUCAAGUUCUUAAGUCAUGCUUUGCAAGUUUCAGAAUUAGUAGUUUUGUCAGCUCAUACAAAACUCCUUGUGAACUGAGUCUGAGAAGUGCGAGCAUGAAAUACUUUUCCUAAAUGCUCUUGCACUCAGAGUUUGACUGGUUUUAUGUGAGUAAGAUGCUGUCAACUUCAGCUAUUCUUUUUAGACUUUAGUUUAUCAACUAUAAUCAGCCUUGAAGGGGGAAAAAGGGAAAAUGUUUUAAAGCUGCCAAAAAAAAAGUGUCUGGCAGAAAGAAACAUGAUGUAGAUUAUUAGAUACUGUAGAUGUACAUAAUAAUAAGCUAGUCUGACUCUAGAAAGUCCCAUGAGAUGUAUAUGCACUGGUUUCUUUUCCAGAUGCAGGAUAUCUUGGCAUAAUUGUUCUUGGUGAUUCAGUGGCAGCCCACUUUCACAUUCCCCCAGAAUGGCUUACAGCACUCCUGCUCUCUGACAAAGCUUUUGAAAACCUUGCCUUUAUUGUUGAGAAUGAAGUGGACUGGCCUCAGUUGUCAUUAUAUACAGGCUACCUAAGGUCAUCAAGGUAAAUUAAUUUAAAUGACAGAAUAAUAAUGAUAAUAAUAAUAACUUUAUUUAAACACAAGGAAUAUUUAAAGCCAGAGACUUUUGGGGUCACAUUACAACAAAAUUAAUAUAACAAAUAAAAUUAAUAAAUAAUAAUAUAUAUAAAUUUUAUCCAAAAAUAUAAAUAUAUACAACUUCUUUUAAAUAAUAAAACAAUAUAUAUCUUAGACACUGCUAGUUGAGCAGUCACUCUGAAUCCCACAAACACCAACAAAAACCAGUAGUUUAUUGAUUUCCAUUGAUAUUCAUCAAACUUAGAACGACUGCCUAAUAGUGUUUGAUGGUUAAGUCAAUCAAUCCCAAUACGAUAUUUGAAUGUCAUAUUAAGAUUGACUCAACCAUAUCUCAAGAAUACAUAUAUAUAUAUCAUUAUAUUUUGGUUUACAUCAGUCAGUUAAACCACCAAAAUUAAAAGUUAGAUAGGAAAUCAUGUGACUUAGUAAAAAGUUUACAGUAAGGCUUUAUACUCUAUGUACUAGAAAUUAACCCUUUCACUCCUAGAGGUGAUUGACAUGGAACUUCUCCCUAUAAUGUAGUAGUGCAGAGAAGGUGUUGUUGCUGCAGGGAUUAUUGUGUUCUGGUCUGCCUGAAAUAAAUUUGUUAAAAGUAUUAAGUAUCUAGAGUGGUAUUUGAUUUCUAACUCUGCACUUUUGUGCUCUUUCAAUAAUUUUGCAAUAAUGUAAGCCUUGAAAACUGUGAACACUUUGAUUUGAUACUGAUAGCCCCAUGAUCUUUAUUGAUCAAAAACCAAAAAUGUAAGUCACAAGCCAAAUAAGGACAAAUUCCAAGACCAAAAACUAGUUCCUGUUUGUAGUGUAGUGUUCACAUUUCUGUUUGGCUUUUUUCUCUCUCAGAACACAAUUACAUUCUGGUAUUAGUUGUUCUUAGCUUUACAGAAAAUUUAUACUUGAUUUGCAAUGAAUACUGCAGGUGGCCCAUGGAAAGAGGUCAUAGUGAUUCAAUUUAUCUGAAGCUAUGGGAGAGGAAUCAUUGCAAUCAUCGGGAUUAUCAAAAUCUGGCCAAGAAUGGAGCACAGUCUUUUGAAGCUAACUCCAAACUUAUCAGAAGCAUGGCUAGAGACCCCAAUCUUGACCAGCCUGCCUUGGUGUUUUACUCACUCAUAGGCAAUGAUGUUUGUCAAGCUGUCCCUAGUCUAAAUAACAUUACUACUCCUGAGCAGAUGCAUAAAAAUGUCCUGGAAACUCUGAAUGGUCUUGAUAAACGUUUGCCAAAUGGGAGUCAUGUAAUUCUGAUUGGUUUGGUGGAUGGACGAAUCCUUUAUGACAGUCUCCAUAACCGUAUACACCCAAUAGGAAGUCUAAGGCAUGAUGUGACAUACGAACAACUUUAUGACUUCUUGAACUGUCUACAAGUGUCCCCCUGCUUUGGUUAUUUGAAUUCCAAUGAGACCAUCAGGAAUAAAACAAGUGAAAGAGCUGCCCAGUUGAGUGCAGUGUUGAAACAUGUGGCUGAAACCUCGAAGUAUGAAAAUUUUGAUGUGUUCUACUUUGACUGUCCCUUGGAAAAAGUCAUUAAGGUACGUUAGCAUGAUCCACUGAAUGAAAAAUGUGUGCCAAAGUUUAUACAGCUGUUUCAAGAGAGUUUGUUGGAAAAAAUGUUAAAAGUGUUAAUGACAAUCUUUAAAGUUAAAGUGGGUACUGGUUAAUCUAUGAUUUUUAAUGAUUGAAAUAAUAAUAAUUCAUCAAACCUGCUAUGCCUUGUCCAUAUAGUAAUGUUUUCUCAGAUUUCCCUGAAAUCCUGAGGUCAAGGAACUGAAAACUAUUCCCAAUACCUCUCUGGGUUAUCAUGCGUACUUUUACACUUUUUUUCUGACAAUUUUUCUGGAAACAGCUGUGUACAAAUUCAACAUAUUCAUAGUCAAAUUCUAUGACUACAUGUAAAGCAACCUUGGCAAAAUGGCUCAGGCUCUGCAAAGUUUUGUGCAAUUCUGUUUGAUAUAGAAUGAAGAAACUCCAGCAGUUAAAAGUGCAUGUUACUAGAUCCCAAUGUGACUCUAAUUCUCACUUACUGUUUCCUCCACACUUUAUAUUAAUGUGAUCUUAUAAAAUUAUGAUUAUAUUUUUAAGCUUUCUUUCUUUUUUUUCUGCAACAGGAGUGGAAAGCAAAAGGCCACCCAGUUUAUGAGUUAAUUGAGCCUGUGGAUGGUUUUCACCCAAACUUGAAAGCAGAAGCUCUAGCAGCUGAUGUCUUGUGGAGAAUUCUUGAGUCCAAAGUUCCACAUGUCUUAGGCAAGGUCAACCCUAACAAUGAUCUAAUAAGACUUUUGUUUGGAGAUCAAGGAGGAUACUAAGAAAGAUAGCUGUUUUUUAGGUGACCUUUUACGUAUAUCUUUUUAGAAACUCUUAAUAGGAAGUUUAAAGAUUAAUUUGGAAAUCAAUAGAGUAAUUUUGGCCAUUAGAAUGAUUUAAUAUUGAAUAAUUGAUGCAUCAUCUUUGGGGAAAUAUCUUUUUGGAAUGACUUUCAGUUGUCUUUUUAGGCUGGGAGAAUUACAUGAAAUUUUCAAAUUGUCAAAUUAUGAUUUAUUUCAUUGAAUGAUGAUUUGCAUUACCAUGGUAACUGCAAUAUUACUGCAUCUUUAAAAUAUUAUAACUGACUUUUUCAGGGUUUUUUUUUAAAUAUUUUGCAUUACAUAAGUUAAUAGGAGUACAAAAAGAAAACUAGUUUCAAUCAUAAGGUAUUUAUUCAAUAAAUCUGUAAUAAGUUACUCUAAGACUUAUUUUUCCAUUUUUAUGACUCUGCAAACUCUCUCUUUUUCAAAUCUUAUUAUGUUAGUUUGGAGAAUUUGGUAUUGGAUCAACCAACAAUCCCCUGAUUGAUAUUUUCCUUCAUUCUCAUCACUUAAUAUAUAUUUGAAAGGAAACAUUGUCCCAGUCACUUGCUCAGUUUUUAUAGUUAUUAGUACUUUUAUUUUUUUUCCAAGACUUUUGGGACUUUCUUGAUUAUAGUGAACUCCAGUGGAUAUGAGAUGAAUUUAAAUAUGAAAUGAAAUUCAUUAAAACUCAUAAGGGCAAUUCCAAACCAAAUUACCACCAGUGUUGUACCCUCUUGAGUUCCUUGCAGGGUUGUGGAAUCAAAGGUUCGGAACAAAUUUGUUUGACUUUAUUUGCUGGCGAUCUCAUUGUUUUUCCAGUAUGAUGUAACAGUUUUCAAUUUUGUUGUUUACAUGAAUUUUUUAGUGUGGGUUUUGACAUUUCUCACAAUUAAUGUCAUGAAGAAAUAUGUCUUUCCCACAGGGAAACACAUUUCUUUCUUUUUUUGUACUCUUUGUUCAACAACCAAGCUCAUAAUAAAUUAUUGAGUAUCCUAGCUCUCACGGUCAUAUGUUCUCUUACCCAGGUGCACAGGACUAAACUCAAUCAUGAUGUAACUCACAGUGGCCUGUGGUAGCAUGUGAUAACCACAUGAUGAGCAUGUUGACAUUUAAGACAUAUUUAAUUAAGAACUAUGAAGUAAUCUGUGGCAGUAGAACUGAAAAGGGAAAAUUUAAUCAUAUUGUGGCCUAAAAAUCACAGCUAGGUGAAGGGAAAUGAUACUGCACCUGAAGGUAAUGUCUUUCCCAAGCUCUUGAAAAGACAGGAAAAUAUGUUUUUCAUGUCAGCAUUGUGCUCCAAUCAUAUUCUUUUUUAUCCUUUAAACCCCAAGAGUGAUUAGCAUCUUAUUUCUUGUUACAGCAAUACUGCUUCGCCAUUCAUUAAGAGCAUGAGAAUAAAGGAAAUGAUCCCCAAACUAAGAAGCUUUAAUUGUUCAAAGAAUUCUUGUCAAUACCAAAGGAAAUGUAUACAGAACAGUAUGGAGAAUAUGGAUGCUGAUGUUAGGGUGUAAGGGUUUGACUCACACGAUCCCAGCACUAUCCGUGAUGCAGGAAGCAAAUUGCAAAUAAACUUGUCAAUAGCCUUGCUCGUUAUGGAGUCUAUGAUUCAGGAGUGGCGCAUCAGAGUGCGGACAACAAUGGCAACUCAGAAUUUUUCCAAUUGAGCUGUACUUGUGUACUUAUUAUCCUAACAAAUCCUGUUAUUUUGCCUGGGCUUACAUUAGAGGCAUAUUUUUAAGAAGGCUCUGUCUACGAGCUUGGGCUUUCAGGCAGUGUUCAAGAGCAAAUAAGUAAUUUCAUGAAUUGUUUAUUUCUAGUUCAACAGUCAACUGAAAGUACAGGCCUUGUCAAAGCCUAGCAGUUAUUUUCAGACAUGUGCCUCCUUUUCGAUCACUUGAAUCUCAUGAACUUUAUAUGCUACCUGAAAUAGUAUUGUUAUGAACCAAAAUUAGAAGUGCGUGACCUUCCCUAAUCUUAGAAGUUCCGGGAACUACUA